UAUUUCCUUUCCUCGCUGUAAAUGGACAAGUGCGUGCGCGAGCUCUGGCUGAAUUCAAGUCACCAACGGUCGCAAACUUUACUCACAAACAGCGUUUAACUUUCAUUUUAAGGCAGGCAAUAGAUAAGCGGUUAACGAAUUAGGUCAGAGUGUUGUUUCUGAGCAGCCUCGGUGUGUUUUAGUCGUUUGUUUGAGGCGUAAACAGUGCAAAAGAGGAGUUGUGGGUGGGUUUGGCGGUUAUGGCAGCACCGCGACCCAUUAAAGGGAUUCUGAAGAACAAAUCCAGUAUCAAAGGCCGACCUGAAGAGCCAGUCCAGGAAACUCCAGAACCAGGACCCCCUAUAAACUCUGAAGACGACCAACAGAAGAAGUCACAGAAAUGGGAUGAAAUGAAUAUUUUGGCCACAUAUCACCCGGCAGAUAAGGACUAUGGGCUGAUGAAGAUAGACGAACCCAGUACACCAUACAACAGGAUGGUUGCAGAUGACGAAGAUGAGGGGGCGCUCAGUGAUUCGGACGGGAACACAGUCCUACACGGAGACGACCUCGCUAAGAAGCUGGAGGCAGCGGUGGAGGGGGCGGAGUCUCGCUUCAUGGAGGAGCCAGAAGAGGAGAGCAGUGAGGAAGAGGAGGAGGAGUUGAGUCCGGAGGAGCGAGCCAGAAAGAAGCAGUUUCAGAUGUUGAGGAAGAUACACUAUAAUGAAGGUAUGAACAUUAAACUAGCCCGACAACUAAUCGCCAAUGAGCUGGAAGAGGAGGAAGAUGAGGACGAAGAGAUGAAGGACGACACAGAGACCGAGGACAUCAGCGUUGACCCCCCGCAAGAUGCUGAUUCCUUGGAUUCAUAAGGAUGUGAAGAUGUGUCCUGUGACUCCUGCCUUGUGUCAUGGACCUCUGGAAGGUGCGGUGUCAUCACCGGUUUGGAUUCAGCUCCAGGACCCCCCUCACCCUGUGUAUUACACCAACACCACAAUGCCACACAUAUCAACCAGCUCCCUCAUUUGCCAAACGUCUAUCGCCGUCAUGCUAUGAAUCGAGACUGUUAUCAAACCGCCCCAGGCCUGGACUUCUCCCUCGUCCUGUGGCCGAGAGCUGGGAUCUCCAAGCCCAAGUGAGCUUGACCCCAGCAAACCAUACUGAUUCUCUUCUUUCCCAGCACCACUGUUACUGAUAAGUGAGUUUAAUGCCAUGUGAACAAGCUGGUGGUUUAGCAUGCACUGGUAAAGGGGGACUGAUGUGGUCUUGGGCUUUGACACACACACACACACACACACACACACACACACACACACACACACACACACAGAGCCCGUAUUAAACCGCUCACAUGAGCUCUACUGUAUGCAUGGCUUCUGAAAACCAUGUUUAAUUACAUUGGCACUAAUUGUAUUUGCCCUGUGUUUGAAUUAACAGGUGAGUAUUACAUACCUAGCUGUAAAACUACUGAUCUGUAGACUGACCCUAUGGCCGUCUCUGUUGCUUUUACAAAACUACAACAGCUUUAAUAGAUGCUGAAGGGAUCUGGAGGUUUUUGUCUUGGCGUCCUUAUUGAGCUUUGUUUGUUUUGAUUGCCUUUUUUUUAAAACUCUAUUAUAAUGGGGUUAUUUCUUUUUAUGAUCUCUGAACAAAAUAACUAUAGUGCAGUAUCAAAUAAAUAAAUAAAUUUGACCCAAGCAAAUUGAUCUUUAAAAUGGCUGGUAUUCUGGUGUAUUUUGUCAAUUUAUAGUCAAACUCACACAUAUGCGUGUUGUGUGUAUAUAGAUAUAUAUAUAUAUAAAAAGAAGCUACAAUGGGUGAAUGUCGGAAAACCUUGCAAUAACUUGUCAUAUUUGGCGCCAAAGUCAAAAGGAAAAAAUUAAUUAUAUUUUGUAUAAAACAUUUAAGUACCAUAUUACAGUAAUGAGUCAGAAUAUUCUGUGCAUUGCAGUGAGUUAUCGUUACUGUAAUGCAUAAAAGAUUCUGAUGCAUCAUAUAUGUGUUAUUUACACAAACAAAACAUUAUUCAGACUCAUUACUUUAAUGCAAAAAGGUAAUUCAGAAUCAUUACCGUAAUGCUAAAAAAUUGGUACUCAUUACCGUAAUGCUAAAAUAUCGACUCAAUCGCAAUAUGCAGAAAACUAUAUUGCUAUUGACUCCGAUUUUUUUUUGUCGCAUAAAACAUCCAGAUGCAUUACAGUAAUGAUUAUGAAAUAUUUUUUUAAUGAAAAAACAUUUCCAUUUUAAUGAAAAAACAAACAAACAGUUAAAGUAUAAUAUUAAGGUUUUUUCUUUCUUUCUUUUUUUUUUGUUCUUUUGAUUUGGUGAAGCUGUAUAUGUUCUUGACGGGUUUUAUGAAAUCCACCCAGAUAUCGACGCGGCAUUGCUUUUUGGAAACAGUGCUUCAAUGCAACCGUAUCUGCCUGAAUGCAUUUUAAAGCAUUUUCUGGCUAAUGUAUUUAUUCUCAACCUAAAACCAGCACAAUCAUUCGUUUGAGAUCUGUUUUCUUUUUUUUAUGUUUAUUUCCAUCGUUGUGGAUGUUAAAUCAUUUUCACAUGCCCCUCCCUUAACUGAAUGAUGUCAAAAAAGUUCAAUUCUUGCAAUAUCUCAAAUGCAGUGUUGACACAUUGAACAAUUUAUUAAUUGGUUGUCUAUUUUUAAUAAGAAAUAUGAAACGCCUGGUUUUGUCCUUCAUUGUCUCAUCAGUUAUUGACAUGGAUUACACUCAUUUUAAGUCAAAUAUAGUUUAAUACUAAAUUUGUUCAUUCUCAAGCACAAGUGAUUUUGAUUGUUGAACUUUCUCCGUAUGUAUUUUGUAAAAUGGCCAUUUAUGUGUUAAUUUUAUUCCUCAAGAUUCAUUUUUCUGUUUUUUUUUUUUUUUCUUAAAUAGAUGUGCAUGUUCUUCAAAUGAAAAUGUGCAUAUUUGUCAUCAUUAAAAUGUUGGUACAAAUGC